AUUUUUCUGGAACCCAAAUGGUCCUUCCGUUGACAGGCUGCAUACUUGGCACCUUUGGAGUCCUGUUGUUGGAAGUGCUUACAGGGAGAGCUCCAUCGCAGUAUCCUUCACUGACAAGGGCCCAGAUGGAGGAGGAGCAGACGGUGGAUCUUCCAAAAUGGGUGCGAUCGGUGGUGAAGGAAGAGUGGACGACAGAAGUGUUCGAUCAAGAGCUUCUAAGGUACAAGAACAUUGAGGAUGAGCUUGUGGCAAUGCUCCAUGUGGGGUUGGCAUGUGUGGUGCUACAGCCAGAAAAGAGGCCUACAAUGGCAGAAGUAGCCAAGAUGAUUGAAGAUAUCAGGGUGGAGCAGUCUCCAUUAGGGGAGGAAUAUGAUGAAUCCCGUAAUUCGCUUUCGCCUUCUCUCGCUACCACUGAAGAUGGACUGCCGUGAUACUGAUCUUUCAUUACCAAUGGUAGAUUUGCUCAUUCUAGCAGUAUCAUCCCUCCAUUUCUCUUGCGAGCUCUUCCUUGGACCCUCUGCUUGUCCUGUGUUCCUCUGUAGUAUGUGUAAGCCUUCAUGAUUUUCAUUGUCGUAGUUGAGAUCUCAGUCUCAUGAUCUUCCCAUCUUUGUGAUUGCUUUAUUUAGAUUACAGUUCUGUAAUGUAAUUUUGACAUUUGAAUCAGUUUAUCAAAUGAUUUCUAAGUCUAUACAGUCUCGUUUUCUUCAUCUGCACCUAAAAUCUCAUACAUCUGAUGGUCUUGGGUGGGGAUCUUAAUCAAAAUCAAACAAAUAAGAAAAAGAAAAUCAUGAUAGAAGCAUGAGGAAUGUUGAAAAAAAUCCACAUUUAACAGUUGCAUUAUGCUAUUGGAAUACAAGAAGCAGAGGCCUUUCCGCGGCAUCAGUUUUUGUUUUUGUAGCAUUACAAUGCCGAAUGAUAAUACAAAUUCUGAAAAACUGAAGACAACAUACAGAUAAACAACUUUCGGCUUGUGAAGACUUCCUACUGUAAAUCUUGCUCAAUAAGCAUUUUCAAGGAAC